AGCAACUUCCUCAGUAGUAGGACAAAAGUAACCGGCAAGCCGCAUCCAUCUUCGCCGCAGAGGUUUGAAGUGAAGUUAGAAGUGGAGAAAGUUUUCCAGCGAGAAGAGCGACGCUCCUAAACGGUCAAAGGAGCGAACUGAUCCCAGAUCAGAUCCUGGCAGCAGACGCGUUGGGAAGCCAGACUCAACACAUUGCCCCCGGUUUGCAGAAAACUACAAUGGCUGACCGAUUUGACUGUGAUAACUGCAAAGAAUCCCUCUAUGGUCGCAAGUACAUCCAAUCUGAUGACAACCCAUACUGCAUCCCCUGUUAUGACAGCCUGUUUUCUAACACCUGUGAUGAAUGCAAAGAGCUGAUUGGCCAUGAUGCGAGGGAGCUCUUCUACGAGGACAGGCAUUAUCACGAGCAUUGUUUCCGUUGUUUCCGCUGUGACCGCUCACUGGCAGAUGAGCCCUUCACCAGCCAGGAUGACGCACUGCUCUGCAAUGACUGCUACUGUAACGAGUUCUCCUCCAAAUGUGUCGCCUGUGAUAAGAUCGUUAUGCCAGGUAAAGGUACAAGAAAACUGGAGUAUGCAGGUUCCACAUGGCACGAGGGCUGCUUCAUCUGUCACAGCUGUGAGGAGCCGAUUGGCUCCAAGUCCUUCAUUCCUGACAAGGAUGAGCACUACUGUGUGCCCUGCUAUGAGGAAAAGUUUGCUCCCCGCUGCACACGCUGUAAAAAGGCCCUGGCUAAAGGUGGCGUGACCUAUCGGGAUGAGCCGUGGCAUAAGGAGUGUUUUGUGUGCACAGGCUGUAAGACGCAGCUGGCUGGUCAGCACUUCACCUCUAGAGAUGACAGCCCUUAUUGCCUCAAGUGCUUCGGCAGCUUGUACGCCAAGAAGUGUGAGGCCUGCAGCAAACCCAUUACAGGUUUUGGAGGAGGAAAGUAUAUCUCAUUUGAAGAACGUCAAUGGCAUCAGCCAUGCUUCACCUGCUCCAACUGCUCCAUCUCACUUGUGGGUGCGGGUUUUUUCCCAGAUGGCGACAGGAUCCUUUGCCGUGACUGCCACAACAAUCUAUAAAGCACUUACCCAGAUUUCCGUUUAUUUUGUUCAUCAUCAGCUUUUUAAAGCACCCUUGGUUAUAUAACAACGGGGGUAAAACAGGCUAAAAAAAAUCCUGCCUCAGGUUUGUUUUGAUGUAAAGACAGUUGUUCUUCAAUGGCCUUUUCAUAUAAGAUGAGUUAUACUAGAAUGCAAAAUCAUGCUGAUUCUGCGUGGUUUGCAUAAAUCAGCACAAAGAUAUUCUCUUUGACAAGAGAUUUAAAGAUUUUGUAAAUGGAGUGCCUUAUUACCAUCAUUUUUUUCUUUUUUUAUGUUUAAAUAAGAAACUGCAAAUGCUUGCCACUUUGCCAAAUAUGUCUUAAUCAAUGUUACUUCAGGGCUCUAAAGAAAAGACAGAACACUGAUAUAUUAUACAAUACAUAUGGUCUAUAUUUCAGUUGUAUGGAUGAGUUACUGUUCUAAUGCUCUUAUUACUGCAGGUUUAUGCAUUUUGAAUGUUGCUUUUUAUCACUUACCUAUUAUUGCUUUAUUUUCCUGUUUUUAUGCAUUUUCAACAAGUUACUGUUUAAAGUGACACAGAAGGAGAUGUGACACUUUUUUUAAGUUUCUAAAUAUUGGACUGUUUUUUUUCCUUACAUUUAAAGUAAAAAAAAAAGAGUAGAAAAUGUGUUGGUCUUCCUAGUUUUUGGUUUUCAAAAUAUUUCUUUUGCACUUUGAAAAAGAUGUGCUUUUGCUACCAUGUUAUGUGCACAUAAAUACAGAGUUAAAACAAGGCGCAAGCCACAGAUCUCCUGGCUUCAUGUGUGCCUUUUUUUUUUACUCCGCAAUGACUCUUGUUUUUACAUAAAAGUUCCGUUCUGCCCUCUUUUUUUUUUCUUAUUUUAUUAUGUAUAGUUUUAAUAUUUGUGCACAAAGAGAAUCUGUAUUUUUAACUUUGAAAAAAAAAGCCAAACUGUUUUCACAUCACGAAAAUAUGCAUGUCUUCUGCCACGAUUUCUCUUUUUACUUGUUUUUAAUUUCAGCUUCAAUCCUGUAUGUGAAAAAUCACAGUGCUGCAUCAAACAAUUUGUAGCGUUACAUAUUUUUCUUAUUUUUACUAUUUUUAAUCACAUUUAUGUUUCAGGUCAUCCUAAAAAAAUCUUAAGUUAGAUAAAUAUUUUAAAUGCAGUCUUCACUAAAUAAUUGUAUUCAUUAAGGUGGAAACUAUCCAAACAAACCUGGUACUAUGUAAAAAGACAAUAAAACCAAUAUCUGGCUGUGCCAUUACAGUUUUGCAAAAA